UUGGCAAGUGGCACCAGAGGGGAGAGAGCGACGAUGCUUCAUCCAAUGCUGCAAUGGAUAGUCACUGGGACACUGCAGCUGCGCCUGCUCAACUUACUGGAGGGUUCAAGGGCUUAGCCACCUUGAAGAAGGCAUUGCCACCAGUAGGCUCAAUCGUUGACCAGGAUGACUUACAGGAGGGAAAAGUAGGAUUCAGAAAUGAAUACCAAGCCGGAUAUGAAAGAACAGUUGCGGCGAAGACAGGGGCCUAUAAUCGCUCGGAGAUGAAGCAGGACUCUUGGGGUACGCCGAAGUACCGCCCCUGGAAGAAGAAGCUUCCAGAACCCCUCUCUGCCCCUGACAGGUCCUUACUGUCGGACUUCGAUGCCAAUGUGAACCACUCGAACGUUAGGAGGUACAAACGGAGCCAUUACACGGACCGGAAGUUUUUCAAGAAACCAGUGUUUGACGAUGUCUUGGCCAAGGACGACGUCUUCUCAAAUUUUGGAUCCAAGGUAUCGCUCCGAGGACCCCAGGACACGGUAUCCAUGAACACCAUGGCAGCAGCACGACUGCCCCCCAUCCAGCACCGUCACGUGUGCAAUGUCGGCCAUGGCAGAUACCAAGGGCCUCUGAGCCAAUGGCAAGUCAUGGCUGACAUGUACAUCGAUAGCGAUGUACGCAAACGAGGAAGGCUACUCACAAGACAGACAGAUUUCCAGCGCCCAGAGCCCCCUGGCUACGACAUCACAGACCAUCAGUAUCAGGGCAGACGAAAGCUGGUGGGGAGGAGAAACGAGACACAGUUUGACAUGGUACACGUGGAAAAGCCACCAGCGCAACCAUGCGAGAGAAAGUUAGCAGUGGACAAGGAGAUCGGUUUGCCCAGGAAACGUAUGGUGUUCGAGGGACCUGUAUACUCAACUACCUACGCUCACUGGCAUUCCAGGAUAUUCAGCCCUCCGAAGACAAACGGUUCAGAGUGAACACGUCCUACAUGAUAAGAGAGCAUCACUGUCUUCAUAAGCUUCCUAAUAACUGUGCUGCCAUGUCGUCUGCCAUCAGACUCGAGGGAGUAACUUUCAAUCGAAUUAUAAAACUGUGAAACCAGUACGGACUUCACUGGGACCUGCACUGGCAUAAUCUAAGAAGAUGCGACUGAUGAAGCUUGUGGUCAGUAGUAUGUAUUAGAAACCUGUAUGCCCCAAGGGCACCACUGCU